CUUUCGUCCUCUUGAGACUAUGCCGCUGACCCGCAGCCUGUCUGUGACCUCCCUCUCUGGGUUGGAGGAUUGGGAAGAUGAACUUGACCUUGAUAAUGCCAUUCUUUUCGAAGUGGCUUGGGAAGUGGCCAAUAAAGUUGGUGGGAUCUUCACUGUUAUCCAAACGAAAGCCAAGAUUACACUGGAUGAAUGGGGCGAGAAUUACUUCCUGAUUGGACCUUACCUGGAAUUGAAUGUGCGCACACAGGUGGAGCUGAUAGAACCUCCCCACCCUGCCAUUCGCCGAACCAUUGACUCCAUGAAUUCAAAAGGAUGUAAAGUUUACUUUGGCCGCUGGCUGAUUGAGGGGGGUCCAUAUGUGAUCCUCAUUGAUAUUGGGGCAACCGCUUGGAGCCUGGAUCGCUGGAAGACUGAAUUGUGGGAAAGCUGCUCCAUUGGGAUUCCCUGGUAUGACCGAGAGGCCAAUGACGCCGUCCUCUUUGGCUUCCUCACAGCCUGGUUCCUAGGGGAGUUUGCUGCACAGUGUGAAGAAAAGCCAUUCAUCAUUGGUCAUUUCCAUGAGUGGCUAUCUGGUGUUGGCCUCUUCCUCUGUCGGAUCCGGAAACUUCCAAUAGCUACCAUCUUCACCACCCAUGCUACCCUGCUUGGCCGCUACCUGUGUGCAGGAAGUGUGGACUUCUACAACAAUCUGCAGACUUUUAAUGUGGAUAAGGAAGCUGGAGACCGCCAAAUUUACCAUCGUUAUUGUAUGGAGAGAGCUGCUAUCCACUGCACACAUGUUUUUACUACAGUUUCUCAAAUCACAGCAGUAGAAGCUGAACAUCUGUUAAAACGGAAACCUGAUAUUGUGACUCCCAAUGGUUUGAAUGUCAAGAAGUUCUCUGCUAUGCAUGAAUUCCAAAACCUCCAUGCCCAGAGCAAAGCUCGUAUCCAGGAAUUUGUCCGAGGCCAUUUUUACGGGCACCUGGACUUCAACCUGGACAAAACUAUUUUCUUCUUCAUCGCUGGACGCUAUGAAUACUCCAACAAAGGAGCUGACGUUUUCUUGGAAGCCCUAGCCAGGCUCAACUACCUGCUGAGGGUGAAUGGAAGCCAGAUUACAGUAGUAGCAUUUUUUAUCAUGCCAGCUAGGACAAAUAAUUUCAACGUGGAGACACUAAAAGGCCAAGCCGUCCGCAAACAGCUCUGGGACACAGCUAAUGCAGUGAAGGAGAAGUUUGGCAAAAAACUGUACGAAUCCCUCCUCGUGGGGAACCUUCCUGACAUGAACAAAAUGUUGGACAAAGAAGAUUUCACAAUGAUGAAGAGAGCCAUCUUUGCCACUCAGCGUCAUUCUUUCCCCCCAAUCUGUACUCACAACAUGCUGGAUGAUUCUACCGACCCUAUUCUGAACACCAUCAGGCGCAUCGGUCUCUUCAAUAGCAGUGCCGACCGUGUCAAGGUCAUCUUCCAUCCAGAAUUUCUGUCUUCCACUAGUCCGUUGCUUCCUGUUGACUAUGAAGAAUUUGUUAGAGGCUGCCAUUUGGGGGUGUUUCCUUCCUAUUAUGAACCAUGGGGCUACACACCAGCUGAAUGCACCGUGAUGGGGAUCCCCAGCAUUUCCACCAACCUCUCUGGCUUUGGCUGCUUCAUGGAAGAACACAUAGCAGAUCCAUCUGCCUAUGGGAUCUACAUCUUAGACAGGCGUUUCCGAAGCUUGGAUGAGUCGUGCACGCAGUUGACCUCUUUCCUCUACAGCUUCUGCCAGCAGUCACGGCGGCAGCGCAUUAUCCAGCGAAACCGCACAGAGAGGCUUUCCGAUCUCUUGGAUUGGAAAUAUCUUGGAAGGUAUUACAUGUAUGCCCGGCAUAUGGCCCUUGCAAAGGCCUUCCCUGAUAACUUCACCUAUGAGCCACACGAAACAACUGCGGCUCAGGGUUUCCGCUACCCACGCCCAGCCUCGGUCCCACCCUCUCCUUCCAUCUCCCGCCACUCCAGCCCCCAUCACAGCGAGACCGAAGAGGAUGAUGAACGGUACGACGAGGAAGAAGAGGCAGAAAAGGACAGGCAGAACAUCAAGCCCCCAGCCAUGAUGGGUCCGGUCCCUGAAUGGCGAAAGCACUCCAAGAAGGGGUCUAGCGAGGCAAGCACUUCCUCUAAUGCUAGCACCCCCACCCUCCCCAGCAGCCCCAGUGACCUCAGCAGCCCCACCAAUUCUCUGAUCGAAGAGAAGAAUUAGGUAGGCAGGCUGACUCCCCUGUCUGCUCUUUUCCCACGCCUCCCCCUGUCCUCAAGAGCCCAGCUUGUUACCUAGUGCUGCAUUCUGAAAUAAGCCUAGAGUGUAGGUUCUAGGGUGUUCCAGACAGAAGUGUUGAGGGCUCACACUUGACGUAGUUCGGUUAAAGAACAGUAAGACAGUCUUCUCUGGAUGACAGAAUGCCAAGGAUGGAGGACCUCUUCCUCUGGAAGGUGUCAGGAAGUGACCCAUUGGCUCUUUUUGCAGAACACAAGAGAACAUCCUUGUGUCGAGCAGGAUUGAAUAUGUAAGGUCAUGCAUUUCCUCCUCCCAAACACCCUCCAUAUGCUGCUGAUGUUUUGGAAGGCAUUCUCCAGGUCUUAAGAACCUAGCUGCAUUUUUUAAACA